AGUAUAAACAAAUAUAAAUAACAAAACUCUUAAAAUAAUCAACGUUUGCUAAAAGAAAUUUAGAAACCAAUCUAGCUUGUGAUUAAAAGGUCUGUGAAAGCACGACACUCAAUCUGUGCUGUUUAAUUACUGCAGUCUCCAUAUAUUUUGUCGGCUUGGUUAUUACGUUUGAUUGAAUUACGGAUCAAUUUUUUAUUAAUCUCUCUCCUAGUAUGACUAGAACUUUGCAAAGUUAAAAUGCUUCUCAAAAUCUGCGAUGUUUGAAGAGUAAUUUUACGAGAACUCUCAACAUUAAGCUUCGUUCAUGUAACACUCUUUUAAAAGUGUAGAGUAAACAUACAGUGAUAUAUGUUUGUCCUAAAUCUCGUGCAAUUAUUCCGUAAAAUAUUAGUUCGCUUCUAAAGAUAUUUUUAUUUUAUUUUGUUGUUAAAACCUCUGUGGAUUUUAAUCAAUUUGAGAUUGGAUUUUAGAUCAAAGUCGGAACGACGAAAGUUCUCGUCGCUAAGGCUAUCAAGCAUCUGCUUAGCGAAAGUGAAAUUCUCUAUUCAAUAUUGCAAAUUUCAUUUUUAAUAGACAUUGGAUGCAAAACUAAAUGCAAUUAUGAUAACGGUGAAGAAUCGGAUUUCAAAUUUCGGUUGCUAAAGCUAAGCUGGUAGGCAACUUUGUAACUCAUCUAUUUCCAUAAUAGAAACUGAACCAAUUCAAAAAUCGCAGUUUAUAAAUUAUGCUCUGUGUAAUUCUGGGUUCAUUUCUCAUCUUUGCGAUCCACUGGACAAAAUAUUUUGCGCGCCGUUGUGGAACAGAGGUUUUAGAAACUGAUAGCGAAAUAUCCGAGAAGAGUUUUGAUGCCAAACUAGCGAAUCAGCUUGACGAAAAAUAGACGCUAUGAAACGAAAAAAAGUGCUCGGGAGUAAAAAAAAUAUAUAUAUAAAGCGCAACACAAGAGGUUUUGCGCGAUAGAGUUUAUCAGGGCCAUCUCCUUAACAACAGCGAUCUCUAGUUCGUCCUUACAAAAUUAUUAACCCAAUGUCUAUGAUUUUGAUAAAUAUAGAUGGUUCAAAAUAAUAUUUAAGCAUCACGUGAGGCGAGUAAUGGAAGCGAAUUUCAAUUCUAUUCACUAUAUACAUGUAAAAAUAUGCGUUCGCUCUCUGCUGAAACCACGGCACCAAUCUAUCGAUACAAUUCUGUAAUGCCCGGAUUCCAAAUCUAAUCUUUCAGCUGCUUUUCAACAUCGUACGUGCAUAUGUAUCAGGUGAAGCUAAGUUUUGACAUCUUUCCAAGACUAAAUCUUGUUUUAAUCCCGCUUAAGUACCAUUCGCUCAUGUAAGUCGAUAUUAAAAUUAUGCUGACACAAUUCGCUAAGCUCCUUGUAGCUAAAUUUAACCGACACUCGCACUUUUUUUUUGCGUUGUUUUUUCUUAGAUUUCUUUGCAUACAAAACCGUUUCAGUUAUUUCUAGUGACUUCUACGCCGGACAAACCCUUCUUCUUUUCAGUUAAAGGUAUAUAUAUUUUGUGUUAAAUACAACUUUCAUGCACGAUUAUAAGAACCGUUAUUGUAGCGUGACACUAAAUUAAGUGUCGCAGUGACUCCUUCAAAAAAGAACAAAAAUUAAAUUCAACGUAUAACUAGUAGAAUAUUCGAAAUUACGCAGCAGGGCUAGCUAAUGGAUGAUUCUAGUCAAUUCUUCCGCUCUGCGACCUUGCAAAACGCAAAAGAGAGAAGGAAGAAAAAAAACAACAUAAUAGCAAAAGCGGACCCACAUCCGAAAGUACAAGCAUAACUUUCCUUUUUCUCAUCCGCGAGGUCGAGAUUGUGCCCACGAUUUUACAGGGCGAGUCAGAAUGACGUCAAAUUGUUUAUUCCAAUGAAGUCAUUUCUAAGUUUUUCGUUAAGAGUAAAGUUCAACUUCGGCGAAAAAGAAAAGUGACUAUAAAAAUGGCGCCCAAAGAUGAAAGGAGAUAGGUCACAUUCAAUAGGUUUCGCACGAUAAUUUUUGUGAAAGACGUUUGUUUCGAUUCUGCAAACCAAGCGGAACAUUUUGACCUUCAGUAUUGCUGUUUGUGAAAGCCCUCAAGCUGUACGCAAAGUGAAAAGAAGUGGAUGAGCCUUUCUAAGAGCCUCUCGAAGUAUCUUUUGUUCCAAACUCAGAUCCAUCAAUGUGUUGAUAGCUUACAGAAGCUAAGUUUAAGCUGUGGUUGAGGCGUCUGUGUGCAAAAGAGUUAAGAAGUGCUAGCACACUUCUCAUCUGCAAAAUGAACUUCAUAAUACACAUAUUCUGCCUCCUCGUGACGCUUGUCUGUGGUAAAGAAUUGGAGGAACAAUACCAAAGACUACCAGAUGCCAUAGCUGUUAUUGGGAGAUCAUUUGAAUACUUUUUACCCCCUCGAGAUGGCAAACAGCAAUACAAGGCCUUAGAACAAGGAAAAACAGUGCUACCUAAAUGGCUGUCUUUUGAUGCAACCAAGAACCAAAUUUAUGGGUUACCCUUAAAGCGAGACAAAGGGAGAGUUGAUAUUGAGGUCCAUCUAAGGGACAGCGGAUUGCACAAGGCUGUUUUCUCUAUUGAUGUUCAAGACUUACAUACCAUGUUGGAGAAUAAAUCGAUGAUGUCAAACGAGACAAAGGUUCCACCCUUUACAGAACCACUUUGCUCUCAUGGAAUGCCCGUCACUGUUGCCACUGUUCAGUUUGAUCUUCAUGUGGGGGAGCUCUGUGGAGAAGAGAGAAUGAAACUCAUGAGACAACUGUCAGAAUUCAUCGACGUGAACAUAGCAGACCUUCACAUGUCAGCUGGAAAGGGACAUAGCACAGCAUUUGGGUUCAAAAAUAUUGUGAUGAUAACAGCAGGACCAGGAAAUGUAGCUGAUCCCAAGAAGCCUGGUAUUGUAGUUUCCUGGAAAAUUGGCUGUGGAAUGGAUAUUGCAGGAAUAAAAAUGGUCUCUCUUUUGAAGUCCAGUUCUGAGCAGGGAACAUUUAAACAAUUUCUUGAAGCCCCUGUUAGUGGGUGGCAUAUUGUAACUGGGCAGCCAAAACCUCAUGAAAAAAGGGUACGUCGACAAGUAAGCAAUCUGUUUCCAACUCCAGUACUGACUGGCACGUCUCCAACACCUUUGGCCACAAUGGCUCCACCAUCAUCUAUUGCUCCCAGUAUAACUGUCAUGCUGGCUACUACAACAGGGAGUCCCCUUCCUGUUAACACUGUACCUGUCAUUCGGAAGUCAAUUGGCCAAAUGACCUUCUUCACUGGAAGAGCACUUCGAUAUCAAAUCCCAGCUGAUAUGUUUUAUGACCAACAGGAUGGCAACACAAGAAAUCUAAGGCUAGAGAUGAGAACAGGUAGUCUUGGUCAACUUCCCUCCUGGAUAAUGUUUGACUCACUGAAUCAAGUAAUUUAUGGCCUGCCUUUCGGAAGUGACAGCAUUGGAUUGUACGAGUUUGUUCUCAGUGCCACUGACAAUGGUGGAAAAACUGUAUCUGACCGCUUUAAAGUACAAGUGUCCGACAGCCUAACCUCUUUCACUCACAUGUUUACAAUUUGCCUGAAUUAUGACCACAAAAAAUUCAUAAAUGAUGUUGGGAUUCGACUUCAGCUAAUGAGAAAAAUUACCAACUACUAUGGUUUGGACUUGUCUCAGUUACAUCUUGCAUCCUACACGUAUGAACAUGGUGCCAUUUUCUUUGCAUUCAAAUUCGAGUUAUCAGACCAGAACUGCAACAGUAAAAAUUUGCAAAAUCUCAUAGAUGGCUUUGGCAGAAAUAAUAGAGAACUGAAUCCAAACUUUCAGACAUACCUCCUUCCAGAGUUUGACAUACUGUAUGGCUUUCAUGAGGGAAUUGAACUAUGUACACCAACUGCUGCUGAGAAUUCCAUACCUGAAGUAAACAAAAAAAUUGGUCAACUGAGUGUGUCUUUGGGACAAGGAAUGCACUUCAUCAUCCCAUGGAACACAUUCUAUGACCCACAGGACUUUUACACACGUAACUUGAAGCUUGAAAUUAGAACAAAAAAUGGUGAAGCUCUUUCUGCAACCUCGUGGAUUGGUUUUAAUUCUUCAGAGCAGGAAAUUUAUGCCCAACCAAAUGCUUCAAAUUUAGUUGGACACCACAAGUUUCGCAUAGUUGCUAUUGACAGUGGAGGACUUGAAACUUUUACCAGUGUGAAGGUGCUUGUAGUGGAUGACACAAACCGUUACAAUCAUGAGUUUUCAAUCCUCCUUCGAGGCUAUAGCUAUGAAGACUUGGCAGGAAAUACUAAAAACAGGGUGUUCUUAUUGGAAGCAAUUGCUAAAUACUAUCAGCUAAACUUAACUAGUGUACGCAUCGCCAAGUAUCUCGAAGGAGUAUCUUUUCAUUUUAGGUUUGAUUCCAUUCCAUAUGGGGAAUGUGACAAUCCACUCUUGAAAAGGAUCAUAGAUGGCUUCUGGAUUGAUGAUAAAAAAGAGGUCAAUGAGUCAUUUGUAACUGCCCUUAGAGAAGACAAAAUAAGAAUUUUGACUGGCUACUACUUUGGUAUUGGACCUUGCGAAGGCAUUACACCCAAGCUGGAGAGCAGCCCAGAAGAUCAACAACGUAUUAUCAAAAGAGAAGUGUCCCAGGGACAAGCAAUACGCUUCCAUGUUCCUUACGACACUUUCUACGACGAGUAUGAAUUUUAUACACCUAACUUGAGGCUGAGCAUUAGGACAAUGGAGAAUAAAGAACUUCCACUGUCCUCUUGGAUUUUCCUUCACUCCAAUCAGCAGGACAUUUAUGGUUUACCUUUGGAUAUCAGUACAGUUGGACGUAAUGAUUUUCGCCUUGUUGCAAGAAAUAGACAAGGAAAGGAAGGAUUUACUACUUUGACGAUCACUGUCUUGGAAGAAAACGUAAAUUAUGAAAACAACUUCACCAUCCGCAUUGAAAACUACAAUGCAAUCAAGAGAGAUGUUUUCCAGAGAGUGAAACUGAUAGAUAAAAUAGCCAGUUAUUAUGACUUGGAAUACAACAACGUUAGGGUUUUGAGUCAAAACCCUGAUACAUUUACUUUUGGAUUUGAUACUGUUCCGGCUGGACCAUGUGACGACCCAAAUCUUUUAAAGGUGAAAAGUGGGUUCUGGAGCGACAGAAAUAUAAAUCCAAAAUUUGUGGCAGCACUUUCUCCAGAUUUUAAUGUAAUUUCUGGUUAUUACCAACUUUGUGGAGAAUAUAUGAACACUCCACCAGUAACCAUCAACCCUACAAAGCGCCAAACUGUAUUCGAAGGACAAGCAAUGAAGUACCCUAUUCCUAGAGAGACAUUCUAUGACAAGGAAGAUGGGUACACCCACCAACUCAAGUUGUUCAUGACAACGAUGAAAGGAGAAAACCUGCUACCAACUUCAUGGAUUCUUCUUUUUGACUCUCCACAGCAGGAAAUUAUAAGUUUACCUAUAGGCAACAACAAAAUUGGCAUGCACAGGUUUUACUUGACUGCCACUGACAAGGGAGGGUUUAGAGCUUCCGAUGAAAUUAAAGUGGAGGUGUUGGAAGAUACUAAUAUCUAUAACCACAAGUUUACUAUUGUCAUUGAUGAUGCUACAGUUGCAGACAAUGUGAAUUCAAGAGUGAUUUUUGUGGAGAAGCUUGCAACUUACUUUGGAGUGGACUUUCAUGAUGUUCGUGUCCGUAGCUAUGGUCCAGAUGUUCCAACUGUCUUCCAGUUUGCCAUCCCAAAUCUAGCAUGUGAUGACCUACGGCUGUUGAAGUGGAAAUCCAGCUUUAUCAUGAACAAAAAGUUAAAUGAAAACUUCAUUAAUGCUCUUCGUCCCGAGUUCCUAGUCUCUUCUGGCUCGUUCGAAGGCCUGGACAUUUGCCAAACUCCUGAACCACCAAAUAAUACACCUCCACAAUUGUACAAUCACAUUGAUCGGCUGGAUGUAUUCCAGGGACAAGGGUUACGAUUUCACAUUCCUAAUGACACAUUUUACGACAAAGAAGACCUCUACACACCAAACUUAAAGCUAGAAAUGAGGACAAUAGAUGGAGACAAACUUCUCAGGACAUCUUGGAUACUCCUCAAUUCUUCACACCAAGAAAUUUAUGGCUUGCCUUUUGAUGUUAAUAGAAUUGGAUUACACGAGUUUUUGAUGGUGGCUGCUGACAAGGAAGGAAGUGAGGCCUAUGAUGCAUUUGAAGUGAGUGUGUCGGAAGACAACAUUCCUUACAGUCACAAGUUUAACAUUCUGAUUGACUAUGACAAUGCUACCUUCAUGGACAAUGUGGGAAUCAGAGUGCUCCUGUUAGACAAGAUAGCCAGUUACUUUGGAGUAAACUUCACCAGCGUGCGUGUGGUCAGCUACACUCCUGGAAUUCUAUUUACAUUCUAUUUUGAUUUUUUGCCAUAUGAGGAAUGUUCUCAUCCUACCUUGGCAAAGUUCAUUGAUGGCUUUUGGUUUGGCAAUGAUUUGAAUCCACAGUUUGUAGUGGCACUUGCUCCAGAUUUUAGGGUGGUAUCUGGCUCUUAUGAAAUGCUUUCUCCAUGCAAAGUUGUUGCACCGCCUGUUGCUGGUUUAGUUGCAGAUAGGCCUGGUGGAAUAUGGUGGACUUAUGCAAUUAUACCUGCCAUUGUACUUGCCAUUGUUCUCCUUCUCAUUGGGUGCUGUGUGCUAAUCCUUAUGGGAUGUUGUCGAAAGCAGAAAAUGACAGGGGCAGAGAAAACAACCUUCAUCUACAAGCGAAAGCCAGUUGUCCUCCAGGAAGAGUACGAGAUCAAGGAACAGCUAUUGAAGCAGCCAAUAGUCCUGCCAAAUGAAAAGCCCCCUGUGCCACCUGUGUACCCACGCAGCCCUGUUCUAGGUGGUGACAGAACACCACUCUUGAUUGAGGAAGCGAAGUCUGUUCCCUACCAAGCACCGACUUUCAUGUCUAGUAGACAAAUGGCAAGUGGUGGUGGCAGUAGCAAUGUUGCAUUUGCUGGAGGCAAUGGUGGUGGAGCUGGUGGUGGUGGUGGUGGUGGUGGUGGUGCUGGAGGUGCUGGAGGUGCUGGAGGUGGCGGCGGUGGUUUAGCUGGUGGCAGCAGUGCAGCUGGUGGCGGUGGUGCAGCUGGUGCUGGUGGUGCAGCUGGUGCUGGUGGAGGAGUUGGUUCUUUUAGUGGUGCUGGGGGUGGUGCCUUUGGUGGUGGAGCUGGAAGCGGUGGCGGUGGCGGCGGCAGUGGUGGCAGUGGUGGUGCAGUGGGCAGUGGUGGUGGUGUUGGUGGCACAGCUGGUGGUGGCGCUGGUGGUACUGCUGUCAGUUUUAGUAUGGCUUCAGGUGGUGGUGGUGCUAGUUUUAAGCAGACUUCAUAUAGCUAUAGUUACAGCAGCAGUGGGGGAAGUGUUUCUGGUGGAAGUCGCAAGGUAGCUUAUUCUGGGUACAGGUUACCUCCAGCCUAUGUGCCACCAUAAACUCAUCAUAUUAAUAAACUGAAGCACUCUCUUGACAGUUUAAGUGGCUUGCUGACUGAACUGAAGUUCAAGUAUCAAGGGACAGUAAUUUGUUAACAGUUUGUUGCCAUCAAUCUUCUAUGGGAGCCUUUGAACCAGCCUCCUACAAUUUACAUUUUGCUCAUUACGCCAACUUGGAAGAAGAUUAGAUGACAAGCCCAAAGAGCAUCUUCUAUGUACAUGUCCUGGCAGAUGCAGUAACAUGACCAGUUUUGUUAAUUAAUGUUUCCUACUUGUUUUGUUUGAUGUUGUUUUAGACCAAAGUAGAAGUCAGUAACAGUGGAUAUCUCCCAAGCGAGGUAGGAGCUAGGUGGAUAUCUUCUGCUCACCAUCCCUGAGGAGAAUAGUAGAGUUUUGGUAUCUUGUUACUGGUGAUCAGCUUUAGACAAAAAGUGCAGAUUUGUAUUGCCAUAUUUAGGCAAGGUGUUGUUCCAGAAAGUAUCCAUACCCCUUCCAUGGAAGGUAUUAUUAGUUUAAACCCCCACUUCCUGGAAAUUCAGGUUUAGCUUCAUACUUUCCUCUAAAAAUUUAGGCUUUUGACUCCCCCCUCCUGCUUGGAAUUUC